UCUUGUUCCAUAAAUUCUUUUUCCAUUUCAAUAUGUUCAAGAAUAUAAGGAUCGAUAUUAUGUGAGAAUAAAUUUUCUCCUAAGGUCAUUGCAUACAUUGAUGAUAAAAGACGAGUAUAAUCUUCAUUAUUAUUAUUAUUAUUAAUUGAAGGUGGAUCAAUUGGAGACAUUUUAUUAGGUCGAACACCUAAUUCAAUCAUCCAGUCUUUUUCUUCACAUUCCAACGACAUAUUUUUGUUUUUAUCUAAAACUAAAGCGAAAAUUAUUAGUGAUUUAUAGAUGAAAAAAAAACAACUGACUACGCUGAAAUAUUUCGAAGCGAUAAAACCAAAAAUAUAUAUAUAUAUAGUGCUUGAUGUUUUUUUUCUUUUCUUCUCUUUUCUAUUUUAAAAGUAUGUCAAGAAUAAUAAUAUUGACCUUCGCGUUGAAGUAUUAUUUGAUCGAAUCUUACAAUUAUUAUCCAGUACUCAACCACCUGAAACAGCAACUGGUGCUACACUUGUUCAAUGUAUUGCACAAAUCAAUUUAAAAAAUCUUUCUCAAUUAAUUCAUUCCGAGAAUAAAAAUGAAAAUGAUCAAAUUUAUUUAUUAAUUAAUCAUAUAACAAACAGAUUAGAUAAUGAAGUUAAACAAGCCAAAACUAAUUUAUAUCAAGCUGCAAAAAAUGGACCGAUGUAUGGAUGUUUAAGUGGUAUUAAUGCACUUUUAAAUAUCUUCAUUGGUGAUAAAUAUGAUAAACAAGAUGAAAUUAAUCAAUGGAGAGAUUUAUUUGCUCAUUUAAUUGAAGUAAGUUUAGAAAUAGCGUCAAUAACUGGUCCAGUUGUUAGUACAUCAUCACCUGAAGGCAUGUUACCAAUGGAAUUAACUGAUAUUAAUGAAAAAGAUGAAGAGUGUAAUAGUCAAAUAACAUCACAAAUGUUAUUAGUAUGUUGUUGGAGAACAAUUAAAGAAAUUUCUUUAUUAUUCAGUCGUUUGGGACAAAUUGGAAUAAAAUUUAUUGAAAAUAAAGAUCAAUAUCGAUUUAUUAGUUUAACACAAAUUGAUGUUAUAUGUAAUUAUUUUAUGGAACAAUUAUUAAAAUCACGUCAUUGUGGUGCAUAUGAAUUAGCUUAUACUGGUUUUGUUAUUAUCUGUGAACAACUUUGGAAUUCAAGUUGUAAAGAAUUAUGUAACUUACCAAUUGAUUGGAUUGAAAAUGGUAUUAAAAUGGUUGAAGAAAAUAGUUUAGAUAAAAAUAAAUUAUGUUUAACACGACGAUCAGGUGGUUUACCUUUUUAUCUUCAAUCGAUAUUAACUGAUGAACCAAUUAAACAACGAGGACAACAAAGAACAUAUGUAGCCAAAUUAAUGGAUACACUAUUAAAUAUUAUUCAAAAUGAUCCUGAUACAAUACAAGUCGAGGGACAAACAUUAGAAAAUAGUCGAAAGAUUCAUGCGUAUAAUACAGCUCGUUCAUUUUAUCGUAAUCAACGAUUUGCAAAUGAUGUUUUACCGUAUAUUGAACGUGGUCUUCAUUUAUCAAUAACUGGUUUUACAUCAUCAAUAUGGAUGAUACGAAAUAGUGCAACAUUAUUAUUAUCAACAAUUGUUCAAAGAAUAUUUGGUCCAUCAAAAACAAAAGAUGGAGAAGAAAAUAUAUCAAAGAAAAAUAGUAUGACUUCAAGAGAAUUCUUUAAUAAAUAUCCAUCAUUAUUUCAUUUAUUUUAUCAACAAUUACAACAAACAACAAGUACUCGUUCAUCAAUUGAAUCUUUAUCAUCGUCAUGUUUAUUUGCGAUAUUAUUAAUUCUUCGUCGACUUUAUCCAAGUCCACUAGAUGGAAUUGAUUGUUCAUUAACAUUAGAUAAACUUUUACCAUUUGUUAUAAAAUGUGAAGAAUCUCCAUUAUUACGUAUACGUGAACAUUCAUCAAAAGCUCUUUUAGCUUUAAUUCAUCAUGAUCAAUAUUCAACUAUAAUUCAUCAACAAAUAAAACAAUUAAUGAAAGUAUCAAAAGAUCAUAUGAGACAAAAUACUCUUCAUGGUCGUUUAUUACAAAUCAAUGCAAUAUUUCUAUCAAUGAAAAAACAUCAUCUUGUAUUUCAUCUUGAUCCAACAUAUAAUUUACAAGAAAUGCUUUCAUCACUUCAAUGGUGUAUUUAUCAAAAUAAUUGUUCAUUAACCCAAUAUUGUUAUUUGGAAUUUUUAUACAAUAUUCAUUGUCAAAUAAAUUCGAAUGAAUUAACAAAUACUAUAAAUGAAUAUAUAAAUUUUAUGUUAAAAAAUGGUGAUAAAGUAACAAUUGGAAGUGAUGAUUUAACUCGUAUAUUAACACGUUUAAUAAUUCGCCUUGAAAAUGUUUCAGUUCUAUUAAAAUUAUUUCUUUUUGUUGAACAAACUCAAACAGAAUUAUGUUUUGUUGAAACACUUCUAUUAGAAAAUAAUUUGUCUCUAUUUGAAAAUAAUAUUCGACAAUGGAUAACUGAUUUAUUAUUAACAAUGGAUUUAUUUAAUGAACAACUUUAUACGAAAACAUGUGAAUUACUUUUAAAAAUGAUUGACAAAACUAAUAAUUAUGAACGAUUAACAAGACGAAUUAUUCAUCUAAUCGAUAAAUUAAGACGUCCGAUGAGUUUAGCAGCAAGUUUUGAUUUAAUUGGUGAAUUAUUACCACUUUGUUCAUCAACAAGUAAUAAUAAUGACGAAGAAGAUCUCGUUAAACUUGUUUAUGAUCGAAUGAAUGAUUUUGUUGAUGGAGAAAAUAAUGAUGAAUGUGCUUGUGCUAUUCUUAAUGUUCUUAAUAAAGCUCGAACAUGUUUAUAUAAUCCAUCAAAUGCAAAAAGUGUUUGUGAUUAUUGGAAAUUAAUUUUAAAAUUAUCUUCAUUUUCAUCUGAUAUUGUUCGAACUAAAUUUACAAAAACAAUGCCAUUAAUUAUAAAUGAUAAACGUCUUACAGGUGUAUUUGGUGCUAAUUGUUAUUUAACACAAAAUGUUUUAUUUGAAUAUUUUAUUUCUGAUGCAUUAUUAUAUUCAUCCGGUGAUAUAUUUGUCAAUCUUAUUAUGAAUUUAUUUCAUGAUUUAUUAAAUGAUAUACAUUC